AGCCAGUGGGUAAAGAUUACACGUUAUGAUGUAGAAAGAUAUUAUUUAACGAGGUGUUGUGUCUAAACCGCCCUCUGUACUAAAACUUGAGCUCAAAACCAACCACGUUAACUUAUUCUGGUUAUCAACUUUAAGUGAGUGUUAAAUUCACAGAUAGGCUACGCUUCUCAUCUGGAUUUGAUUAUGUUAAGGGAAAAGGCGUUAUCGGUUCUCUGAAAAAUGGAGUGUUCCGCUCUUCCAAGCGGUUGGAAACGAGAAGAGGUCAUUCGAAAAACGGGUAUUUCAGCUGGCAAAAUAGACGUUUAUUAUUACAGUCCCACAGGAAAAAAGUUUCAUAGUAAACCUCAACUUGCCAGGUACUUGGGAGAUGUUGUUGAUCUCAGUACUUUUGAUUUCCGUACUGGUAAAAUAAAUUCUAUGCUGUUGAGAAAAAGUAAAAGACAGCGUGGAAUGCAGUUUGAUUAUAGUAGAGGAAUUCGGAAUGAUGCUUCACUUGUGCCCCCAAUUCGACAGACUGCAUCGAUUUUCAAACAGCCAGUAACUGUCUUGAAGUCGCAAGAUAGCAAAGUGCGCAAUGAUUUCAAGCAUGGUCCUCAGGAAAAGCCAAGACAACUUUUUUGGGAGAAAAGACUGGAAGGUUUACAAGCUUGUGACAGAAAGGAAGAAUCUUUUAUACAUUUUGAAUUACCUAUGAGUAUGAAAGGUGUAGGACCUGACUUAAAUGAAGAAACUCUAUUGAGGAGUAUAUCGACUGCUCUUCAUGUUUCCAAUCAACCAGUUACAGGACAGACAGGGUUUUCAAAGUCUUUACUGGAGAAGAACCCUGGAGUGUACUUGAAUCCAGAGCAACCAUUAGUCCAGGCACUAAUUGUAUCAGAAGAUGACAUCAGGAAACAGGAAGAGCGAGUUCAGCUAGCAAGAAAGAGACUUCAAGAAGCUCUCAAUGACUUGGAAGGAUAAACUGUUUACAUUAAAUGAAUUAGUUUAUUUGACAGUAGAAGUUUAUAUCAGCUGUUUCUAAAAAACAAGCAUGUUACCUUUACCAAGAAUACAAAUAAUUAUUUAGAGGUCUUUGAAAAAUAUAAAUCAGAAUUUCUGAGUGGAUUAUUAUCAAAGUAGAAUGGUGCUGGAAGUUUCACUUUAACCAAACUUGUGAAUAUAAAGAAAAAGUUAUUUUAUAUCUAAUAAUUUCUUUUAUGAAAUACUCUAUAAUGUUACACAUGUAAAAAUAUUAAUCAAUUGGUUCAGAGUUUUUAAUGAACCAUAAAGACAGCAUACUUGGAGAUAAAUAUUUUACAAAAUUUUAAGCUUCUGUUUCCAGUCUGACCCCCCCCCCCGACUUAUUCAUUAUUAUUACCAAUUUAUAAUCUCAAAAUUUCUUGGGACUUAUAUUUCACAGUUUAAAAAAUUGGAAAACAAAUGAACAGGUUUAUUAAUAAUAAUGAUGACCUGUUUUUUGUAUGACUUGUAUCAUAAAGUUGCUGCUCUUUAUUUUAUGCUGCUAGCGCUUAUAACUUCCUUGGUUAUAACAAAAAAAGUUAUUUUCAAAGUUAAAGUAGUAAGAAAUCAUUUUGUUUCACUUCUGACAUAUAAAGCAAAGUUAGCCAGAUAUUUGUUUCAUGUGCAUGGGACGAACUUCCAUCUUUGUCAGUAGUUUCCAGAAUUUGUUCACUGACAAUCAGUGAGUUUAAAGAAUUCAUGGAGAUUCCUAUGGAAAAGAUCUAAAGGAAUGAAUUGAUGGCAGUGUUGUUUUGUAGCCAUGUACUUUAUUGUCAAAAUAAAAAUAAGCCUAUAAAAUAAGAAAGCACAUGUACUACAGUAUAGAGACAGUUCACACUAUGGACUUGGAAUAUUGUUUGUCCAGGUGAAAUUAACAAAACAUAAACCAACCAAAAAACGAUUUUAAGCAUUUUAAAAAUGAUGAAUCAAGCAGACACUGACCAGAAUUACACAUCAUAAAGGAAAAAAGUUUAUUUUUUCCUUGUUCUGUAUUAAUUAAUUUCUUUUUUAUAGCAUUUAGUUGUUUUGCUAGUAUGGAACUGUCUCCAUUGAUAGUUUGGUUGACUUCACGUUAUAAACUGUAACAAGCUGUUGAUGUUAUUAGAAACAUCUCUUGCAUUCUUACUUCCCCAGGAUAAUGUGAUAACUAAAGAAUCCUGAGGCAUAAAACUAAUGUUAAAUUUAAAAUAAAUUUCUUGUUUCAUAAAAAAACUUCAAGAAAAUUGUUUAGAUAUCAGUUAUUUCAUUAAAUGACACUCAUUUAGCUCUUUUUGACUUUCAGCAGAGAAAAUGAAUAUACCAUUAAAAAAAACAUUUAUUUAGUAGUUAGUAAUGUAGGACAGUAGAUUUUUCAAGCAUUCCUCUAAGUAAAUGAGGUUCUCUUUUAUAAUUUGUUGUUUACAUUAAGUGAACUUCUAUUCAUAGUAGAAAUGCUAGAAUCUUAUAUGCUUGUAAAUAAGGGAGAGCAAAAUAACAUUGUUUUUAAUUCACCAACGUUGGAUUUGCUAGGCAGAGCUUACCUCUCCUAUCUGAUCUAAAUUGGAUGAUUGCAAGAUGUAUCUGAUAUGUUUGAGUAGCACAUAAGGUAACACAUAAAGAGUUGUGUAUUCAUUAAAGAUCAACAUAUUUUUAUAGAGAAGGAAAACUGUAAAAAACAUUUCAAAUUAGCUUCAGCAACCAGAAGUAGAAAAAAAGGAAUAAUUUGUGUAUCUUUUUACAAAUGUAUCGAUCUGCCCAACAUUUUCAUUUAUAGCCUUUAGAAAAUCUGCAAACAUUUAUGGAACAUGCCAAAGACAAGAAAUAGGAAUGCAAUUGUGGCAAAGCUAAGAUUGUGGAUGUUUACUCAUAUUUAUCACUGGUUAAUGUACACAUUAUUUAUAUCAUUAGAAAAAUUCUUUUAUUGUUUGUAUUAUUUUAAAGAACAAAUGUCAUUUAGUCACAUUAAUAAUGUAUUGAAAAUAGUUCUGAAAGUAUUUAAAACUGUCAAAGUUACCAUCAGCUUUUAAAACAGGGUGAUUGAAUUUUACUAAUUAUGUUAUAUUGAUUUAGGAAUUCUAAUAUAACUUGUGUAAAAUACUGAUGCUUUUACUGGAUAAGAAUUAGUAGUUCCUGUGAUUAAGUUAUUUUGACAUUGAUAUACAUAUGUGGGUGAUAUUUCUGUAAUCAUUUUAUUCAUUAACAACAGUAGCUUUUUCUUUCUGGUGUUUCCUGAAUGUAGUUUGUGAUAAGUAAAAGCUGUAAAUAUAUAUA